AUGGCGGCCCACAAGAGAGCUAAGAUCAGGGUUCCUAACAGCUUGAAGGGUCUGCACGGCGACGAAGUCGACUUCGACAACACAUGGGUGACCAUCGAGGCCGCCUUCCGCGAGAUCCACACCAAGAACGCCUCGCGGUUGUCUUACGAAGAGCUGUACCGCCAUGCAUAUAGAAUCGUACUGAAGAAGAAGGGCGAGCAGCUGUACAAGAAUGUGCACGAUUUUGAGAAAGGGUGGUUGAGCAGAGAAGUUCGCGGCGACCUACAGCAACUGCUGUCCCCCAACCUGCUCGCGAAUGCGCAGAGCGUAGCCAGCACUACGGCCAACGAGCGGCGCGUAUCCGGCGAGAAGUUUCUGAAAGGCCUCAAGCAGGCAUGGGGCGACCACCAGGUGUGCAUGAGCAUGCUUGCUGAUGUGCUGAUGUACAUGGACCGUGUCUACUGCCAGGACCACCGCCGUCCUUCUAUCUACACCACCGCAAUGCUGCUCUUCCGAGACGAGAUUCUGAGAUCACCCCUCUCCGUGACCGACGACCGCAUGAUUCUUGGUCUUUUGAAUCAUGUCAUACUUGAGCAAAUUCAGAUGGAGCGCGAUGGCGACGUGAUAGACAAGCAUCUCAUAAAGUCCUGCGUGCACAUGCUUGACGGACUUCACGCCGAUGACCUGGAGUCUGAAGACCAGCGGCUGUACCACGUUUCGUUCGAGAAGGAAUACCUAGACACGAGCAGGGAAUUCUAUGAGGCAGAGUCGGAGCUAAUGCUGCGGGAGUCAGAUGCUGGCGCUUACUGCAAGCGGGCAAAGAAGCGCAUCCAUGAAGAGGAGGAUCGCUGUCGUGCGACGUUGAUGGAGUCGACCACAUCUAAGAUUCGGGAGGUAGUAGAGGCAGAGCUUAUCCAGGGCCGCAUACGCGAGUUGGUCGAAAUGGACAGUGGUGUCCAUUUCAUGAUUGACAACGACAGAUUAGAAGAGCUGAAUCUUAUCUACGACCUGAACGCACGUGUGGAUGAGAAGAAGACCGAGGUCACACGAUCUAUCCAGAAACGCAUCAUGGAGAUGGGUACCGAGGUCAACAACGAGGCGCUCGCCGCAUCACAAGCCCCACCUUCCGCGCAGGCGCCCGCCACCGAUGGCGGAGACAAAUCGAAACAGACCCAAGAGAAGAACGUCAAUCAGCAGACUGUUGCUGCUAUCAAGUGGGUUGAAGACGUUCUUUCCUUGAAAGACAAGUUUGAUAAGAUCUGGCGGCGAUCUUUCGAAUCGGAUAGCCUCUUGGAUACGGCAAUGUUCAACAGCUUCCGUGACUUCAUCAACUCGUCCGCGUUCCCUCGUUCUUCCGAAAACAUCUCACUGUUCAUUGACGAAAAUAUGAAGAAGGGCAUCAAGGGGAAAACCGAGAUGGAGAUCGAUCAGGUCUUAGACAAGGCCAUAACGUUGAUCAAAUACGUACAGGACAAGGAUCUCUUCGAACGGUACUACAAAAAGCAUCUGUGCCGCAGGUUGAUUAUGAACAAGUCGGUAUCGAACGAAGUGGAGAAGCAAAUGAUCGAAAAGAUGAAGCAGGAACUUGGCCCCAGUUUCACAUCCAAGCUCGAUGCCAUGUUCAAGGACAUGUCUAUUUCCGCCGAUCUGACGAGUGGCUUCAAGAAACAUGUCGAAGGCCUCGGCGACCGCGAUCCCAAGCGCAUUGAUCUAUCAAUCAGUGUGCUGACGAAGAUGACCUGGCCAAUGGAGUCAAUCAAUGGCUCAGGGGAGGGUCAGGAAAGCAACCGACCAAAGUGCAACUUCCCGACAGCCGUGGAGAAGGUCAAGCGCGGGUUUGAGCAGUACUACGCCGAGAAGCACUCUGGACGAGAGCUGACCUGGCUGCCAAACAUGGGCACUGCUGACAUCAAGGCCGUGUUUCCCAAGGUACCUCAGAAGGAUGGAUCGUUCAAAGAGCGUCGGCACGAGCUCAACGUCUCGACCUAUGCGAUGGUCAUCCUCUUGCUAUUUAAUGACUUGCCCGCCGAUGAAUGCUUGACCUUCGAAGAGAUCCAGGCUCAGACGAACAUUCCGAAGAACGACCUAGUGCGCAAUCUGCAGUCGCUUGCAGUCGCGCCGAGGACGCGCGUCUUGCUCAAGGAACCCAUGAGCAAAGAGGUGAAGCCGACCGACAAGUUCUACUUCAACGAGGGCUUCAAGGGCAACUUCGUGAAGAUCAAGGUUGGAGUGGUGAGCAGCGGCAACAAGGUUGAGAGCGACCAGCAGAGGAAGGAGACGGAGAAGAAGAACGAUGACGAGCGCAAUUUUGUCAUCGAGGCUGCUGUCGUUCGUAUCAUGAAACAACGCAAAGAACUUCCACACCAACAGCUGGUCCUGGAAACGAUUGGCCAGCUCGCUUCGCAGUUUAAACCCGAGGUGACGAUGAUCAAGAAGCGCAUCGAGUCCCUCAUCGAGCGAGAGUAUCUCGAGCGCAUUGAAGGCGCGGCGGUCGAUUCUUACAGGUACCUGGCUUAA